AGCACAUAACCAGUGUCCUCUGGGGAGUAGUGGAGCUUUAUUGUCAACCUCAGGACUGACUACUGACUGAUCAUGACUUCUAUAAAGGAACAGGCAGCAAUUAGCCGGCUCUUAAGUUUUUUGCACCAGUGGGACAAUGCUGGCAAAGUUGUAAGAAGUCAAAUCCUCAACAAUUUCAUCGAAAACAACGAAGGCAAAACUGGCCCUGAAUUGGAGCAGGAGUUUUCCCAGGGAGCCAGCUUGUUCCUGAUACGCUUGACUACCUGGCUUAGAGUCACCUACAUGACUGGCUUUGCUUUAGAAAAAAUCCUGAGGUCCAUUGGCAUCUUCUUGUCGGCUGUGAGCAGCAAUCGGUACCUGAUAGAAUUUCUUGAGAUUGGAGGUGUCCUGUCACUCUUGGAAAUACUUGGCCUAGAGAAGAUCAAGGAGGAGGACAAGAAGGAAUCCAUCAAACUGCUUCAGAUUAUCGCAGACGCCGGCAGGAAGUACAAGGAGCUCAUUUGUGAAAGCUACGGUGUUCGAGCCAUAGCAGAAUUUCUGGCACAGUCUAAGUCAGAAGAGACUCAGGAGGAAGUGCAGAUUCUGUUGGAUUCUUUGGUCCACGGUAAUCCCAAGUACCAGAAUCAAGUCUAUAAAGGUCUGAUAGCCUUGCUGCCCUGUGCAUCCCCCAAAGCUCAGCAGCUGACCCUGCAGACUCUCAGGAUGACCCAGCCUGUUGUGGGAAUGGCACACCCCAGCAUCGUGGACUGCGUGCUGAAGGUGCUGGGCACAAUGCACCUGGAAGUCCAGUAUGAAGCCGUCGAGCUGAUCAAGGACUUGGUGUACUAUGACGUCCGCUUGCCACUGCUCAAGGGCCUCGUGGCGCUGCUUAUUCCGCCUGUCAAGGAGACCUCCAAACUGCAGCCCAAAAUCCUCACUGACACCUCGAUUCUCCAGCUCACCACCCGCGUGCCGGUGUUCUUGCAGCAAGCCGCGGCUGCCAAGACCAUUGGGAUCCUGGCGCGCAGCCAAUUGAGCCUCGCCGAGGAGAUGCUGCACCUGCGAGUCGUGCACAGCCUGAUGGCCGCCAUGGGCAACACGGACCACAGCAAUAGCCAGAGGCUGGCCAGCCUGACGCUAGAGUUCUUUGUGAAGACGUUCCCAGUGGUGGAGGACCACGUCCGCAAGUCCAUGGGGGAGGACCUCUACCAGCUUUUCCAGAGCAACCCGGAGGAGUUGUACACGAAAAUAGAUAGCAUUCAAGCCGACAUCUUGGCAGCCAACAAAGUCAACGUUUCCGAAGUGCUUCACCUGUACGGUGUCUCCAGCCGCAAUUCCAGACUGUCACUGGACCCUGGUGAUAAGAACAAGGAGGACCACCACACACACUCGGAGAACACAGAAUGAAAGGGGUACACAGCCCCUGUGGCAAACCUGGAAGGCCACAAGGAAGCCUGCAGAAGGGAGAAGCCCGGAACCAAACUCAGGACUGUCCCAACUUGGCCCUUGGUGGGAAGGCAGGGGUUGGAAAUAGUAAAGAGAGAGAGACAUUGCCUGGAGGAAGUCCAGUAAAGAGUCUUGGUAUCUGUUCACGGUGUAUAAGGGGGUGAGGAGAUCAAACUGUGGUGAUGAGUUGGGGAUUGCCACUGCUUACCAGACACACAUCCCUAGGGUAGAUCUGGAAAGUUUAAGGGUACAGCCUGGCCUGAGUAGAGGGCCCACCUCACCCCCCCCCCAACACACGUCCACUUGGCUCUCUCCUGCCUCUUGUUUGCUUCAUUUACAUGCAUGUUUGCCAAUGGAGUGUGGUAUGUUACUGUAUUGUGACAAAUAGGGAAGGGGAGAUGAAGAAAAACAAGAAACAACUACAGCAGGCUGAUGCCUUCUGUAAGUAAUGAAUUCUGGUUUUAUGGAAACUCUUAACAAAAUCAAAGUAAACAGAUAAUUUGUGUGUGAGAGACAAGCAGGGCUGUAACUCCCUAUGGACCAAGCCAAGGACCUUUAGCUUCUUGCCUGCGUGAUCCCCACCUCAGCAAAGCAAUAUUUUAUGGCCCACCCAGGUAUUAACACCAGGAUAGACAGUAGCAAAGUCUGAUUUUAACACCACAGUUUGUUAGCCUUGUUAACACAAGGCCUCAAAAAAUUAGGUUAUGACUCAGAGUUGUUCCUCUCCACGGAAAUCUUUAGUAAAAGGCGAAAGAUUUAUGCGAUCUGAAGAGAAACCAGAGUAUGAGCUUGUCUUUCUGCGCAUACAUCUCGACUGAAAAUACCUCCUAGAACACCAGUGGUAAUUAGUUACCUAAAGUAGGUAGUCUCUUUUACU